CAGGCAGCGAGCUCGUGCUGCGGAUCGACCCACAAACUUUAUUUAACUUUUAAUAAACUAAAAACCUUUAAUGUUUAUUUCUGUUUUUCGCGGCGAAGUGAAGACAGACUGCGACGUCACAGAGCAGGUGACAAACAGCACGAGACACUCCGGAGCGCGAGACCUGUGGCCGUUUGUCUAACGCGGAAGUCCUGUCUGAAAGUUGAGGGAUGAAGAGGAGUCGGCUGCUGGCCGUGCUGGGGGGCGGGAUCUUCUGCGUCGCUGUGAUGUCACUGUACCGGAUGCUGGAGCUGAUGCAGGGGGCGGAGCUUCAGCAGCGCUUGGAUACACCUAUUGGACAGGACGAAGAUUUGUUCCACCUCCAGCAGAAGAUUGACAGGUUGGAGCUUCUCCUUAGCGACAACAACCGUCUGGUUGCUACGCUGCGGGACACUCUGAUCCAACGCAAAGCAUCAUGGGAAGCAGGACGAGGGGCGAACGGCAGCUCAGGCUCCGCCCGCCGGCUGCCUGGUUGCCGAUUGGCCGAAGAGAUGAAGGACGGAACCGAUGGCGUGCAGCUGCUGGAUGUGUACGACCUCCUGCCCUUCGAUAACCCCGACGGCGGCGCCUGGAAACAAGGCUUUGAGAUCCGUUACCAAGGCAACGAGUGGGACGAGCAGCCGCUGGAAGUUUUCCUGGUUCCUCAUUCACACAACGACCCGGGCUGGUUGAAGACAUUUGACAGGUAUUAUGAGGACCAGACUAAACACAUCCUGGACAACAUGCUGAUCAAACUGAGUGAAGACAGCAGGAGGAAGAUGAUUUGGGCAGAAAUCAGUUAUUUCUCCAAGUGGUGGAACAACAUCAACGAGGAGAAGAGAGAGGCGGUCAAACGCCUGGUGGAGGCGGGGCAGCUGGAGAUGGUGACGGGCGGCUGGGUGAUGGCGGACGAAGCCAACAGUCACUACUUCGCUAUGUUGGAUCAGCUGAUGGAGGGACACCAGUGGAUCCAGAGACACCUCGGUGUGAAGCCGAGCACCGGUUGGGCGGUGGAUCCGUUUGGCCACUCCCCCUCCAUGGCCUACCUGCUGAAGGGGGCGGGGCUUAGCCACAUGGUCAUCCAACGCGUUCACUACGCCGUCAAGAAGCACUUCGCCCAGCAGCGCACGCUCGAGUUCCUAUGGCGACAGAGCUGGGACUCCUCCCCCCGCAGUGACAUCACGUGUCACAUGAUGCCGUUCUACAGCUACGACGUUCCCCACACGUGCGGUCCCAACCCGGCCGUCUGCUGCCAGUUCGACUUCCACCGGCUGCCGGGGGGGCGGGUCUUCUGUCCCUGGAGGAUCCCGCCGCAGCCAAUCACAGAGCUGAACGUCCAGGAGAGAGCCCUGCUCCUAUUGGACCAGUACCGGCAGAAGUCCCGCCUCUUCCGGUCUCCGGUCCUGAUGGUUCCCCUCGGCGACGACUUCCGCUUCGUGGAGGCGAGCGAGUGGGACGCUCAGUUCACCAACUACCAGAAACUCUUCGACUACUUCGACCAGCACCCUGAGCUGCACGUCAAGGCUCGUUUCGGGACUCUGUCUGAUUAUUUCUCGGCGCUGUCUCGGCGUGUGGCGACGGCCGGGUCCACUCUGCCGACGGUGCGCGGCGACUUCUUCACGUACGCCGACCGGGACGACCAUUACUGGAGCGGCUACUUCACCUCCAGACCCUUCUACAAACGCCUCGACAGGACGCUGGAGGCCACGCUCAGAGCGACAGAAAUUCUCUUCAGCCUCACGCUGGCUGAGAUGCGGCGUUUCUAUGGCGGCGGCCGUCUGGCGGCAGAUUUCCCGGCGCGGGAACACUUUGGGCGUCUGACGACGGGGAGGCGGAGCCUGGCGCUGUUCCAGCACCACGACGCCGUCACCGGCACCGCCCGCGACCACGUGGUGGUCGACUACGGGAACAGAUUGUUUGAGUCGAUCCUGAACCUGCACGCCGUGCUGCAGAGCUCCGCCCACUGGCUGCUCCUAUUGGACAAGAGCCAGUACCACCACGACCAAUCAAAACCCUUCAUGCAGAUGGUGGAUGUGAUGUCAUCGCAGGACGCUCUGCCUCAGAAGACGCCGCUCACGCUCAGCGACCAGCCCAGGUCUGUGAUGGUGUUUAACCCGACGGAGCAGCUUCAGACGUCCGUGGUCAGCGUCCUCGUCGACUCUCCGGACGUUCGCGUCAUCGCCGCAGAAACGGGCCGACCAAUGGCUGCUCAGAUCUCUGCCGUGUGGGCGGAGCCGAGCCGGACGGCCAAAGACUCCUUUCAGCUGGACUUCGUGGCUGAACUUCCUCCUCUGGCGCUGGUCGUCUACCAUGUGACCAGAUCCUCCGUUGGCUCCGCCCCUCGGGCUCGCUACACCUUCCGUCGCCGUGGUAACCCGCCGAGUGUUCAGGCAGAGCACUUCCAGGUUUCCCCCCCAGAUGCGGCUGAGGCCGACGCGCCCCUGUCGCUUAGCAACAAGCACGUCCAAAUAUGGAGCUCCCCGGAGACGGGCUUCCUGCAGAAGCUGCGUCUGCAGUCCGGUCUGGUGCGGCGGCUCCAGGUCCAGUUCCUGUGGUACGGAACCAGAACCGGAGCCAACCGGGACAAGAGCGGAGCGUACCUGUUCCUGCCGGGGGAGGAGGGAGCCCAGGUCUAUUCCCCCCCGGAGCCCCCCCUGGUUCGGGUCUCCAGAGGUCCGGUCUUCUCUGACAUCACUUCCUGUUUCAGACACUUCACACACACAGUCCGACUCUACCACCUGGAGGGGCAUGCUGGGAGAUCCCUGGAGAUUUCCAACAAGGUGGACAUCAGGUCAGAGUUCAACCGCGAGCUAGCCAUGCGGCUCGUCAGCGACGUCGCCAACGGCAACCGCUUCUACUCCGACCUCAACGGCUUCCAGAUGCAGCAGCGGAGGACCUUGGCCAAGCUCCCUCUGCAGGCCAACUUCUACCCGAUGAGCACGGCUGCGUUCCUGCAGGACUCAGCGUCUCGUCUGACUCUGCUGGCGGCCCAGAGUCAGGCCGUCGCAGCGCUCAGACCAGGUGAGCUGGAGCUGGUGUUGGACCGGCGUCUGCAGCAGGAUGAUAACCGCGGCCUGGGCCAGGGCGUCACCGACAACAAGCUGACAGCCAGCCUGUUCCAGCUGCUGCUGGAGGACCGGAGGGGAGGGGCUAAGGAAGUGGGAGGAGCCUCAGUAGAACACCUGUCUCUGCUCGCCCACCUGACCUCGCUCUCCCUCUGCCACCCCCCCAUCACCAUGGUUGCCCCGAGUGACAACCAGCUGCCAAAGCUCCGCCCCUUCCUGCCGCUACGCUCCUCGCUGCCGUGUGACGUUCACCUGCUGAACCUCAGGACGCUGGAGGACGCUCAGGAAGCAGAUAAUCCAUCACAGGAAGUGGCGCUCCUCCUCCACAGGAAGGGCUUCGACUGUAGCUCCGUCCCCGAGCCGCAACUGCAGUGCACGUGGAGCGUGCACGAGGAGGUGAAUCUGGACGAUCUUUUCUCUCCUCUCCGGUUCGGUUCCCUCCGGCGGUCGGGACUCACUCUGCUGCGAGACCACGAUGAGCCAGAGUCCGCCCGGCAACAGACGUCUCCGCGCAUCACUCGCCUGCGACCAAUGGAAAUCAGUGCUUUCCGUGCAGAAAUCAACUAAAAAAAUUUUUUUAUUUCAAACAAUUUUCCUGGAUAACAGACAUUAUGAGAGCCAAUCAGAAUCCACUCUCAGAAAACAUACCGAGCAUAAUUAGAUGAGAGCCAAUCAGAAUAAUCAGGACAAGUACGUCAACACUAAAAACUACACUUUCAAAAUAAAAGUUGAUCAAAAUAGACAAAAUAGUAAAAUUAGCUCUGCGGUUGUGGACGAAAACUCUCCGUCGAAAGUUAUUCGUUAAAAAUACACACACACACACACACACACACACACAAAUAAUUCAACUGUUGUAGAUAAAGAAUAUAACCAUCCACAUGGAGACGGCUGUUAAUUAAUGCUGGAAACUAAACACAAUCAAACAUACAGCGAAUAAAAUGAAUACAUUAAAUCACUUCUUUUUAAAACUAUAAAACUGUAAAUUAUAAACUGGGGAAGUGGAGCAGUUUAAUAUUUCCUUGUUACAACCGAUAGGUCGGUUUGAUCAACAUUCGGGUCAACGUGUAAUAAUUUUACAUUUUCUCUGGAAACACGUCAACACAACGAUCCUCAAAGCUAAAAGGAGUUCCUCUGGUUCCCUCGUCUGGACGUCGGCUUGUUUCCUGAAAUACGGUCCGUAAUUAACACGAGUUUAACGGGGCGGUUCAGCCCCAAAUCUAAACUACAAACACUGAUUCUCUGACAGGGAGCUGUUAACAGCCUGGACAGUUUGGCUGUAAAGCAGUGGUGUAGUGGGUAUACUGUAUAUUGGCCAGAAUCUGCCUUUGGGGGGAGGGGAGGGUCUGGGUGUCCUCCCCAGGGAAGCUU